AUGGACUCACCAACCGAGAACAGCCCAGGAGAAUUCGUUUUCUACCACUAUGAACCUUCUCUCCCAGCAGCAUGCGUUUUCAUCGCUCUCUUUGGCAUCUCGUCCGCGCUGCAUCUUUAUCAGAUGAUCAAGCUUAGAGCCUGGUACUUUGUUCCAUUCUUGAUUGGCUGCUGCUUCGAAAUUGUGGGCUAUAUAGGCCGUGCACUGUCUGCAACAGAAACUCCAAACUGGUCGACGACCUCCUACACGAUCCAGAGCUUGACGCUUCUUCUUGGGCCCGCGCUCCUUGCCGCGUCUAUCUACAUGGUCCUGGGCCGCCUCAUUCGCUUUCUCGAGGCCGAGCACCUGGCUUUGAUCAGGACAAAGUGGUUGACUAAACUCUUCGUUUUGGGCGACGUGAUUUCUUUCGUGACGCAGGGCGCAGGCGGUGCUAUUCUAUCCCGAGCAAAAUCUCUAUCCGACGUUGACCUCGGAGAAAACAUCAUUAUCGCCGGCCUCGCAGUCCAAAUCCUCUUCUUCGGAGGCUUUAUCGUCGUCACCUGCCUCUUCCACUAUCGCAUCAACCAGAACCCCACCGACGCCUGCAACUCUGCUUCCCUGCGCUGGAAACCAAUUCACUGGAUCCUGUAUGGCGCAAGUCUUCUGAUCAUGAUUCGGUCGGUUUUUAGGGUUGCCGAGUAUGUCACUGGUAGCAAUGGAGCGUUGAUGGCAAGCGAGAUGUACAUUUACGUCUUCGAUGCGGCGCUGAUGCUCCUUGUUGCAGCCGUAUUCAAUGUAUUCCAUCCGGGUACCAUCAUUCAGACAGAGAACAAGUUGACGGCCAUCUCGGAGAGCAGCGUGCCUCUUGAUUUGCAAACUUUCACUUAGAUGCUUUAGUUGCUUGUUCUCUGGCGCUGAGUUUGGGACAACGGCGGAGAUCGUGAUGCUGAUUGCUCG